GAUUCUCUCACCUCUCUCACUAUCUGCUCUUGACCUCUCUCCGUCUGCUCUCACUGCAGCAGCAGCAGCAGUCCAGCUAUGCCUCGUCCAAUUACCUCUUCAGCACGGCCAACAACGUCGGCCGGCGGUCUUCCUCAUCAUCACCAACAACUAAAUCACCAAUUCUCCUACGAUGCUUACGACGACGACGAGGAGUAUGAGGAUGACGAGAGCGACGACGACGACGUCUUUGCCUUUCAGCCUCCAACGACGGCCGAGCAGCAACAACAUCAGCUUCACCAAGCAGCAUUGUCCUACCCAUCUCCCACAUUCGACCCCCAAGCCAGAUUUCCCGCAGACUAUCCUCUUAGCCAUUCUUUACCUCAGCCCCCAUCUCCCCCUUCGACAGGUUCUUAUGAACUCCAUACUUCUCCCAACGACCUACGCCUCAACAGAAUUCAAUCACGCCCAACGACUACUUCGUCGAGGCAGAUCCGAGUAUCCAUACCUGGGUCGCCUAACAAUUCGGCUGGGAAGGGCCGCCAUCGAGAUAUCGAGUCUUCUGGGACUGGUGCUGGAAUAUCUCGCCUCAAAAGUGCCGAUGCCGACAGUCUUCGCGAAAGCAUGGCUGAGGAUUAUGACUAUGACAUAGCAGAGAGCAGGGAAGGAAGUAUUAAGAUGGACUUUGACUUUGAUGCCAUUGAGGAAGAGGACUCCCCGUUCCCAGAAGUCAGAGCCUCAGUAUCCAACAUUGAUGAUCCAGACAUGCCUGCGCUCACUCUGCGAAUGUGGUUUGUUGGUCUAUUUCUCUGUCUGAUUAGUGGCGCACUAAACGUAUUCUUCAAUUUCCGAAACCCUGCGCCUGCCAUCGUUCCACUUGCGCUACUUCUCGUCUCGUAUCCUCUCGGAAAAUUCCUCGCAUUUACACUACCCAUAGCAACGUACCGAAUCCCAUUACCUCAUCUGCCUUCCUUCCUAGUUCUUCGGCCCUCGACGCCCCCAUCGAAAUCCUCCGCUAGUACUUCUACACCAUCCCCUCCUAUCCUCACAAUUACUCAAAGACUCCGCUCAAUAUGGGUCAAUACUCUUACUUCCCUUGCGCAACCUCGCUCCAUCGAAUUUUCGCUGAAUCCCGGUCCAUGGAACAUCAAGGAGCAUGUUCUUGUCUUCAUCAUGGCCAAUGUGGCGGUCGGUCCUCCCUAUGCCAUCAACGCUAUCGUCGUCUCCGAGGUCUUCUACAGGAAGGAAUGGGGAUACUGGUUCUCCCUGGUCCUCGUAAUGGCUACUCAGCUAACCGGCUUCGGUCUUGCAGGGCUUUGCAGAAGGUUCUUGGUAUGGCCGGCCAGUAUGGUGUGGCCCCAGAACUUGGUCGCUUGCACACUCCUCAAUACCUUGCAUGCAGAAGAAGAAGAGGAGGGAAACCCCGCAGUUGGUAUGCAAAGUGCCAUUGUCCCCGCCGGCGUUGUCGAUGCCCAGCGCAUAGGAGGUCGUGCUACAAGGAGUAUCACCAGGUACAAGUUCUUCAUGUGGGUCCUAUGCGGCGCAUUCCUCUGGUUCUUCCUUCCCGGCUUCUUGUUCCGUGCGCUCAGCAUAUUCUCUUUCAUCUGCUGGGCUGCGCCCGACAACGUUCCCGUGAAUCAACUUUUCGGUGUUGCAAGUGGACUCGGUAUGAGUUUCAUCACAUUCGAUUGGACGCAAAUCAUUUGGAUAGGCAGUCCUCUAAUGGUACCCUGGUGGGCCCAAAUUCAUGUAUUCUUGGGAUUUGUCUUGUUCUAUUGGAUCCUGACACCAAUCUUGUACUACACGAACUCUUGGGACCUUGCUUAUUUCCCGAUAUCGGAUAAUCAACCUUAUGAUCGUUUCGGACAGGUCUAUAAUGUCUCCCAAGUCCUCAAACCUGAUGACACCUUCGAUCCCGAGGCGUACCACAACUACUCGCCUUUAUACCUUCCUGCCACAUACGCUGUCUGCUAUCUCAUUGCCUUCGCUCUCUCCACAUGCGUCAUUACACAUACUAUCCUCUACCACGGUCGCUCAUUACUCAACGGCGUGAAGAAGAUCAGGGUGGAAAGCGAUGACAUCCACGCGAAGUUAAUGAGGCAAUAUCCAGAAGUGCCUGAUUGGUGGUACCUCGUGUCUUUUGCAGCGUUCUUCUCGCUGGCAAUUGUCGCUGUAGAAGUGUGGCACACUGAUAUACCGGUCUGGAUGUUAGUAUUGGCAGUUCUUUUACCCACACUGUAUGUGUUACCAAGUGGAUUUAUCUAUGCGAUGACGGGACAAGCGAUUACUUUGAACAUACUGGCGCAGAUCAUACCGGGUUCACUUUUACCAGGGAAUCCCUUGGCGAACAUGGUGUUCAAAAGUUAUUCAGUGCAGACAUUGACAGAGGCUACGAGCUUUGUUCAGGAUCUCAAAUUGGGUCAUUACGUUAAAGUUCCCCCAAGAGCAACAUUCAUAGUUCAAUUGGUAUCAACAAUCCUGGCAGCCUUUGUCCAAGUCGGAAUCAAGACUUGGAUAUUCAACAACGUCCCCGAUAUCUGUCACCCAGACCAAAAGUCCUCGCUAACAUGCCCACAUAACCAGGUAUUCUUUACUGCUUCUGCCGUUUGGGGUCUUAUCGGUCCCACGCGUCAGUUUGGAACGGGAUCUCCUUACCACCCGCAUCUGUACGCCAUCGUCAUAGGAGCCUUCCUCCCUGUGCCGUUCUACUUCUGGCAACGCCGAUACCCCAACUCCUGGGUCAAAUACAUCUCCACCCCGGUCAUUCUCAACGGCGUUUCAGCAAUCCCGCCUGCUGCGGGUAUCAAUUACUCGUCGUGGUUCGCUAUUGGAUUCGUCUUCCAGUACUUAGUGCGGAAGAGAAGCUUUGCGUGGUGGGCCAAAUUUAACUACGUGACGAGUGCUGCGCUGGACUGUGGGAGUGUGUUGAGUUUAAUCUUCAUUUUCCUCACACUGCAGUUCCCAAAGAACGGUACAAUAGAUGUCAACUGGUGGGGGAACCGGGUGUUCCUGGAAACAGCAGACUACAAACGUCUGGCAUUCAAGCAGAUACCAGAAGGCGGACUUCCAUGGAAUGGCUCACCAAGAUGACAAAAAAAUAAAGGAUGACGUGAAGAUGGGGAAAAAAAAGCUUUUUAGACUACCGG